ACUUCGUGUUAUUCAUGGCCAGAUAUUUCUGGAAAAAUUGAUUCCGUGCUACUAAUUACUUCUUUUCAACGUGUUGAUUCCAUUGACAUUUCUCAUUCACGAUGUCAACAUCUCCCGAGAACCCCACCAUUGUAAUCGUCCAAGGUUCCUUCCAAACACCCCUUGUCUACGCAGACCUCUUCAACAAACUCACAGAAAAUGGCUACCCAACAAUCCACCCCAAACUACCCAGCUGCACAGAUAUCUCCCAUCCCGACUUUGCAUCCAAGGACCUCAUCGACGAUGCGCUCGCCGUCCGCUCAGCAGUCACGCGACUCGUCGAGUACGAGAGCAAAACGGUGGUAUUGGUAAUGCACUCGUACGGCGGACUCGUCGGAAGUGAAGCAGUACCACCUGAGCUUUCCUAUACACACCGGAAAAGUAAAGGACUGGAAGGUGGUGUAAUACAUUUAUUCUACUUCACCGCAUUCAUCAUGGAAGAAGGAAACUCGGUCUUAGGAACAUUCGGAGAAUCAUCAAAUAACAUCGUCUCGGUAAUUUCCUCUCUUCAAUCCCCUCUUCUUCCAACCAUUGACAUAAAUCCAGCCAAAUGGAACAUUCACCAUACUCAACCCCGAGAAAGUCCUCUACGGCGAUCUACCCCCAUCUGAAGCCGAGAGAUGGACUUCAAAACUGAUUCCUCAAUCUUACGCUGUGCAAAAAACGAAACUUACGAGAGCGGCAUGGAAAUACAUCCCUUCUACGUAUCUUGUUGGGACGAAUGAUCAGGCUGUUCCAAAGGAGUACCAGGACGGGUUCGCUAAGAUGGCUGGCGCUGAUGUUGUGGAGGAGAGUGUGGGACAUAGCGCUAUGUUGAGUCAUUUGGAAGUUUUGGUGGAGAGAGUUUUGGGGGCUGUUAAAAGUGCUUUGGAGAGGACUAAGGAGGUGUGAUGGGAGGAAUGUAUCUGCCAGAGAAAGACGGAAGUUUCCAUGAGAUUGCCACCCCUUCCGACCUGGGACCAG